GCCUUCUUUUGUCAUCCUUAAAUAAUCUCAAUAGUUUCUGAAUUUUUAAAAAGUAGUAAAGUACACACCUAUAAUCACACGUUCACAGAUAUACCAAAUGCAUUAUAUAUAAAAUGUUGUUCUAAGUAGUUUUCUGCUGAAACCUAAUAAGACGAUCGAAUCUUUUUGGAGCUCUAAUUGAGGUAGAUAUGGAAGGAGCGGACUGGGGGCCGGUGGCGGUUGCGGUGGUGCUGUUCGUAGUGUUAUCGCCGGGGCUUCUCUUUCAGUUGCCAGCGAGGAGGAGAGUGUUGGAGUGCGGCAACAUGACCACAAGCGGCAUCUCAAUAUUGGUUCAUGCCAUUCUCUUCUUUGCUAUAAUCACGAUUUUGGUCAUCGCCAUUCAAAUUCACAUUCACAUCUAACGUAUCUUUACUUUAAUCACCCGCUUAUGUUUGUAGUAUUGUAUCCUUGCUAAUAUUGUUAUAUAUAUAUAUACAUCACUCAUGUGUUUGUUUUGUUGUUGUUUCCUAUUAAGAUAAAAGUUUACAAGUAAACUUGUGAAACUUCCCAAAAAGAACUGACUGAAGAAAAUCAAAAAUAGAGUGAGAGUACUAGCUAGUACUGGUAGAAAAUAAAAUACUUGAGAAGAAAUAAAUGUUUGGUUUGCCUCGUUA